GGAUAGUGGUAGGAACACCCAGCACAACGCACUUGCAAGUCCCCUGGUGGCACAUCGCGGGGUAUCAGGCGCUCCGAGCCCCUCACCCACCCAAGCCGGGUACCCUCGAGGCCCCGGGUGCUAGCGAGCAGCCGGCGGCAACCAGGACCUGCCCACAGCCUGGAAGAGGCGGCACGCCGCCCCGAAGCGCCUUCGGUUCGAAGGAUCCUCACUUCUGGGAGAGGACAGGGAACUGUCAAUCAACGAGGGAGGGAGCGCACCGGCGCCGGGUGAUGUCAGCGGAUCAGCUGCUCCAUAACAAAGAGGGGGUAUCACCACAGGAGAAAGUUGCAGCGGCGGCAGCACCCCAGAGCCUCGGGGGACGAGGGGAGGGGGGGGAGACGGCGGCUGCGGCAGCCGCAGGAAUUGAAAGGACUGUAGGGGGAGGCAGCGCGAGCCGCCCCGGACUGCUCCUCCUCUUCCUCCCCCUCCUCCCCCUCCUCCAAACUCGCAGAGCUUAGCUCCAGCGCUCGCUCAGCCGCCGCGAGCACCCGGAGGGACGGGAGAGGGCCGUACGGCCCCGUGCUGGGUUGGGUCGCAGCCGCCAUGGAUAGCGACGACGAGGUGGUGGAGGAAGCCGUGGAAGGACACCUGGAUGAUGACGGAUUACCACACGGGUUCUGCACUGUCACCUACUCCUCCACGGACAGAUUCGAGGGCAACUUUGUGCAUGGAGAGAAGAAUGGACGUGGGAAAUUCUUCUUCUUUGAUGGCAGCACCCUGGAGGGAUAUUAUGUGGAUGAUGCCCUGCAGGGCCAGGGCAUUUACACCUAUGAGGAUGGAGGUGUUCUCCAAGGCACCUAUGUGGAUGGGGAGCUGAAUGGACCAGCUCAGGAGUAUGACACCGAUGGGAGGCUGAUCUUCAAGGGACAAUACAAAGACAACAAUCGACAUGGAGUGUGUUGGAUCCAUUACCCAGAUGGAGGCAGCCUGGUCGGGGAAGUCAAUGAAGAUGGGGAGAUGACGGGAGAAAAGAUAGCCUAUGUGUACCCGGAUCAGAGGACUGCGCUCUACGGGAAGUUCAUUGAUGGAGAGAUGCUCGAAGGGAAACUGGCCACCCUCAUGGCCACUGAAGAAGGGAGGCCACACUUUGAAGUGACGUCGGGAAGUUCCGUGUACCACUUUGAUAAAUCGACUUCCUCCUGCAUCUCUAGCGAUGCCCUCCUUCCAGAUCCUUAUGAGUCCGAGAGGGUUUAUGUUGCCGACUCUCUCAUCUCCAGCGCUGGAGAAGGACUGUUUUCCAAGGUAGCAGUGGGACCCAAUACUGUUAUGUCGUUUUAUAAUGGAGUCCGAAUUACACACCAAGAGGUUGACAGCAGGGAUUGGGCCCUAAAUGGUAACACUCUCUCCCUGGAUGAGGAAACAGUCAUUGAUGUGCCUGAGCCCUAUAACCACGUGUCCAAGUACUGUGCCUCCUUGGGACACAAGGCAAAUCACUCCUUCACUCCAAACUGCAUCUAUGACCUGUUUGUCCACCCCCGUUUUGGGCCUAUCAAGUGCAUCCGCACCCUGCGAGCUGUGGAGGCCGAGGAAGAACUGACCGUUGCCUACGGCUAUGACCACAGCCCCCCUGGGAAGAGUGGGCCCGAAGCCCCUGAGUGGUAUCAGGUGGAGCUGAAGGCCUUCCAGGCCACCCAGCAAAAGUGAAAGGCUUGGCCCUGGGUUCCAGAGACCUGGAAUAGAAACUUGGAUCUAUGCACUACAUUUAUCUGACAAGGGGACAUCCAGGGACUGUUCGUGCCGCGACAUCACAUCCUCUCACCCUGCGUUAGCAACGACUCUCUCGCAUACUAACUAGGUUUGACUGUAUUACUCAUACCAGAUUUAAAAUUAGCUAGCCUUGCAACAACGCCCUACUGAGAGGUACUGUCGAACUAUAGACAGCAUGAUGUUCUUUGAUGGUGAUCUAAAUCUGGACCAUGUUCAGAGAUACCAAAUGAUUAGGCUGAAAAAGGGAAAUGGGGUUCUUCGGUCACUUUUUAUUUUACUUUAUUUUAUUUUUAGGCGAUGGUUUUUUUCCAUGAUGUUUUUUCUCUGUGGCCAGUGCAAAUGGUGUUGUCACCCUUGCAUGUUGCCAACCACAGGGCAGGAAGCAAUUACAUCUUUAUAUACAUGUAGGGUCAUUUACCUUUCAACCUUUGAUCUGUAUCUCUUGCAAUAGAAUGGCUUUGUUUCUGUUGUUACUCUCCUAGUGAACUGAAGCCCGGUCUUUUGAGUAAUUUCUUUAGCUUUCACUAUAUUAGCUAUAAUUUACAAGAGAAAGCUUCCAAACAGAUUUUGCAUUCGUAGCAGCAUACAGGUCUCUCUGGUUCUUUCUACCAUUUCAUUCUUAACGUCCUGAUAUAAAGUCCUGGCUCCUAGGGCCAGACUCUUAUUAUAGACUUACUAUUCUCGCAUGUAAACAAAGAUAUCUUUGCUUUCAGAUGUGAGAAGAAGUGAAUUUACCUUGUUUGCAUUAAGUUAUGAGAGAGUUGUAAGGUAUACUUUCAGGAAGAGAUGAGGAAAAUUAGUAUUUCUAAGCAGUUGCUAUGGCAAUUUUGCAGUAUCUUCAGUAGUGUUGGUAAUUUUUUUUUCUUCUUGGGUACACAUUAAUUGUACAUAACCUAGUGCAUUCUGGCUUGUGACACAGCUCAUUGAAUUCAGACACAAGAGCCAAUGUGCAUUCCAAGGCAGAAUGCAAAAUUCUCUUUGAAAUUAGUGUCACAAAGGCAGACAUGCUGAUCACUAGGUACAAAUCAGACCUUUAGCUCAAGCUUCUUGUCACAGCGAUUUCAAAGCACUUAGCUGCGUCCAAGAACUAGAAGCCAAGAGCUCACACCUGUGCGUGCGGUUGAUCCCGCUAGCAUCUCAGCCUCCUCAAGCCAUAUGUAACCACAACUGCAGAAAUACAGAGAAAACCCCAUUAUUUUAGUUUAGCACAUUAGAUCUGUAACACAAUGGGAUUGCUCUGAAUGAAUGGCGAGUUUGGGGAACACCUCCCCAUGGUGUCGCUCCAUCACCAAGAAGGCCUGGGAACCACAGUUGCUGAAGCCUGCAGCUGUCAAUAGUGCUACCCUGUGGCCUGUGUUGGUUUCGGCUUAUUAAAGCUUUCCAAGAUGCAAUAGAUCAUUGAGUGAGCUGGGAAAGGGGAGAGAUGCUUGGGCAUGGGUGGAGAUGGAGGGAGAAGACAGGUAGAGAGCAGUUUGAUAUUCUGUGGUCAGUUGCAUCUUGUUCUUCACGGCUUUCACAAGUGCUCCAUCUGGGGCUGCGACACAGCUUGUCCAUCAAACAGCUCCAGAUGGAGAAUUCAGCCCUCAGUUAUGAUAGCCACACCUGGGCUCUUUCACAAGCUUCCUGACAUACCUCCCAUCAGGCUCUGCACCCAGGUGGGACUACACUUUCCAGGAGAGCUAGUCACAUCCCUGUUUGAAAGCUGGAGGAGAUAGUUCUCUCAGGCAGAUCCUCAGGAUAUGUGAGGAGCCUCGGGCAAAGAGGACUGUAUAGUUUUUAGACCACAAGUCAGCAGGAUAGGAUGGCUUCUAUUCUGUAGAAAGAGACCGUUCAGUAAAUUGUGACAGAAGGCUGAGUCUGUGGAUUCAAAUUCUGAGAGGAGCUUUGAUGUAAAUGUGUCCAAAGAGAGUUGGCUGCUUUGGGGGGGAUGGAAGGGAGGAGAGAUGGCUGACUAAAGUCACCAGAUGAGACAGAGAGAGAGCAGGUCCCACCUCCAAUCGCCCAGGCUCACAGGAUUUCACUCCUGGGCGGAACCUUAGCUUCAGUUGCUGUAGGGGCUCAACCUCUAUCCUAAAGGGCUACUCUAGCAAUCUCAUCCAAAUGGAACUCAAAAACAAUUCUGGGGGCUUGAGGGCCAGCAAAAAUCGUUUAGCAGGUAAAGGUGCUUGCUGCCAAACCUAUGGCCUGAGUUAAGCUUUAGGACCUAUACAGUAGGAGGGAACCAACUCCUGAAAGCUAGCCUCUGACCACACCUAGCAUGGCAUGCACACACACACACACACACACACACACACACACACAAAUGUGACUGACUGGGACACUGGCUGAUCUACUUUUCCCAUUCCAUAAUGGAGGAAGGCACACUGGACUGCAAACCCAGCAAUGUGCCUGUGACCCUUAGACAAAUCACAGGAAGCAGAUCUCACAGCUGAGCGUCCCUGCCUUCCCUCCCUCUCCCUGUAUGUUUCCGGUGCCUUUCAGCUCCUUUCCUGCCGCGUGAGAAGCCCCAUGUAUGUGCAGAAUGGCAGCCCAGCUAAUCGCUCCACCUCUUUCUUCGUCUUAAGUUCCUCUUCUCUCUUGCUAGACUCCGUGCCUUUCCCUCACUGUGACCCAUUCCAGUUACUGCCCCGCACACACCUCCCUCCUCUCCCUCCUUCCUCACCCAUCUUCCUCCCUCUUCGUCUCCUUCCCGUCUCCCCUCCCCUCUCCCCCAUCUCUCUCCAAAAUACCAAGCAUCAUCCCAGGUUGCAAUUGUUAGAGCCCAGAAGGUCUCUAUGGGGUAGAGAAGCGGACAGCACAGGGGCUGCAUAGAGAAUUAGCUGCUGAGGGAGUUUGCUCUUGCUUUGAACCAAAAUGGAAAAAGCCUCAGAACGUGCCUUCUACUUCAUUCACGUCUGCUGUAGAAGGAAAUGGGAACCGGACGAGUCUGGUCUUCUCUCAGGAUUAUAAUCACAAACAGACAUGAUUGAGAUUCUGUGUGGUGGAGAAAAAGAAGUGUCUGCUGUCUUCCAAGCAGCUGGGGCUUGUCACUUGCCUGACACCUUCGUCUCGAGGGGACUCAUUCAGAGCUGUCUCAGCCCAACCCUGCAUGCAGGACUUGAUUCAUCUUUAGCAUCUUUUCUAUGAUGAACUAUUAUUACCUUGUGUUAGAGUUAGGAGUUAGGACUAGGAACUAAUCCACAGAGCAUGUCCCCCUACUGGGGCAUAAGCUGGAACUAACAAAAGCAAACAUAAGAACUGAAUUUAGGACACAAAAGAAUGAUAAGGUUACAAAGUAUCAGGCGGAAAACUUGAGUUUCUUAGUAUGGAUUCUUAUUUUAUUUAGCCCUUUCAAUUCCUGAUCUG